AUGAAGAUAUCCAAUAUUCUGCUUUGGCCAGUCCUACUCGGACUGGUUGGAGCAAACCCCAUCGCAUUGGAAGCUGCGAAUUCAGGCUCAACAACAACCGUUAAGGCCGCUGACAAGAAAGCCGAUUCGAAAACCACUACCUCGACGAAAUCCCACACGACUGAGGCAAGUGCUACAGGUACCAGCCCCUGGCGCUUCGAGCACUCGGGUGACUGGGUGAACAUUCCAUGCAAUGGAAAGGAUACCGAUAUCACAAAAGGAACUUUCAUGGAUAAGUGGAAUGCAGCAAAAGUACCUACGGCCUGGACUCAGUUAUUCAACGACUUCAAAACAUACCGCGAUAAAGACGAGAAAAAGGCUGGUAGUGGAGGACCGGUCAGGUUGGACUCGUAUCUGUGGAAUGCUUUCAGUAUCAACACCGAUCCCCAAUGCUCUGUGCAUGACGCCCCCUGUGCUCCUCCAGAGUGUGGAAAGAAUCAGUUCCCCGCAGCUGCCGAGUAUAUUCUGAGUUCCUUCUCGUAUCUUCAUCAGGCUAUCGCAACUGUGUGGGACUCUGUUAUCGCCAAUCAGAUCAUUUCCCAAGGCGACAUGUCAAACUUUGUGCAAUCCUUUGCGGAGAGAAAAGAUACUACCGAUGAGAAGACUCUAAAGAUUAUCCUGGACAGUUUGACAUUCGUUCUCGGACUGGGGUCUGCGGUGGUGUGGAAUGAUAUCCUCAAAGAAGCCAAGGUCUUCCCACAAUACCUAAAUAAAGCCAAAGGCCAAAGAUUCCCGUCAAACGGCAAGGCACCCGAGGGCGCCAAGCCCUCAGAAGGUAACUCCCGAUCAGUAUGGAAAGAUGUUUCCAGCGCCUCAAUUGCCUAUGGUAUGUUCAACCUAACUUCGACCCGUAUCCGAUCUACUCCAGUCGACGCCAUCACCGAAAUCACAGGUAAAAUGGCAUGGUACGCCAGUAGCUACUUCAACUCAACCCUCAUCGGCAUCCAGAAUCAGCUCACCGAUAUAAUGUGGGCGAACGACACCAAGAACCGGGACAAAAUUGACCAAAUGAUGGAAAGCGGCGGCAUGUUUAACAUGUCCGGUUUGACUGAUUCGAGUUGGUCGGACCUGCAGUCUGAUUUGAAGAGUCUAUUCUGGGGAAGUAUGCUUCCGGAGGUUUGGGAGAGCUCGGAGCAGCCUAUGCAUCCCUUUAUUCUACGACUAGGCCCCGAGCACUGGAAGUGUGGCGAUGAUGUCGAAGUUGGUGGCGGCAAGGGAUGGCACGUAAGCUCUUGGAAUCCGGGGAGAUAUAUGGACCCAGGUACCAAUAUUGGAACGCACUGGUGUGAUAAAAAGGAUCUAUCAAAAUCCGCUACUUACUGGCUUCUCAACGCCAAUUAUCCCAAGUGCCCGUCUUGUAUCAGUGCAGAUUGGCAGCCAUUUACGACACUGAAAGGAGGUAAUAAUGAGACGCUUGACGGGGAGAGAUGGGGUAUUUCACUUGAGGAUAUCAUUGCUUCGAGUUGGAGUGGUUUCCUGAAGAAUGGCAAGCGAAAUGGCUAUUCUAUGCAAUCUGGGGAAUCGGUGGUUGUCGAUGAGGACUGGAACCUGCAAGACUAUGGAUGGCCUAUGCUGGGCAAUAUCCAGACGCCAGGGUUCUUCAACUUCACAAUCUGCCUCGACCCCUCCGAAGCAAAAUCAAACAUAAUGAACCUCGUCCACCCACCCUGCGGUGCCCAACCAAAGGACGUCAACGACGCCCCCGGCGGCCAAAACGCAGCCGGCUACGUCCCAGGCUGGUGCACAAUCCACAUCACCCAAUUCCAACCAGACCAGUACAAACAAGGCACCCACGAAGACUUUGAAUACAUCAACCCACUAAACGAAUACCAACUCGCAGUCACCGUCAUGGGCGGUGAUAACACGCCCCUCGCAUACGCAACUAAACAACCCGUCGACGGCGCACUCGAAAUCGACAGCAAACUGCCCCACCCGCUCAUCGUACAGGAUAACUACAAAGGAGCUGAUGGCAAAAACAUGCUCUCCUUCUGGUACAAUGACCAGUGGUGGCUAGAAGUUGACCAACAACACCACUGCAACAUCGGCGCCUUCGACAACGGUAAACGCGAAGGCGCAUGUGGAUUCACCUGCAACAAUCCAGACCAAGAUCCCAAAAAAUCCCCUCCACGCGCACCACCAUCGAACCCUGUGAAAGCCUUCCAAGGCACAGGAACACCACAAUCCUUCGGCAACGCAAAGGAUUACAAAAAGGGCAAAUGCGAGCUGCAUAUUCGCCAGUAUCAGCAGAACGAGAUGUCGAAUGAUCUUAAUGCGGGCACGUAUGCGUUGGAACUUACCUUGUAUGAUGAUGAUGCGGCGCUAAUUGCGUAUACGGAGAAGACGAAUCGGGCUGGUGGGGAUGCGAAGAAUACGGUGAAUAUUCAGGGGCCGUUAAAGUGGCUUGUUACUUGUUAUAGUGGGAAGGAUGAUAAGACGGUUCCGACUUGUAAGUAUGGGGCGCAGGAUUUGACGCCGGGGAAUAAGGGGUGGAAGAAUGGGUUGAGGGAUUUUGGGGUUAAGUUUAAUUGUUGA